CUGCAGUUCGGUCACUGAUGGUGGAAGGCGGCGCACUGUCCUUUAACUGCGCACCCGUUUAUCGCUCCAUCUGAGCCUGGACUGGCUGUGCCAAACGCGGAGCCGUGACGCACCCGACCGGAUUGCCCCGUUUUUGACCGACCUGCGCGUAACUGCACGACAUGAGCUGCCAUGAUCCAGCCAAAGGAGGAUAAUCGUGCAGCCUGGACAGACACCGAAAGGCCCGCGGCUGAAAGGUGACCUCCAGAUGCUUCACCUCCUUAAAUCAUUUGAAUAUGCCAGGACUCAACAAUGAACUCCAACAGCACAGAACCUAGCCUCUUCUUGACUGCCAUUACUUCUCCACCAGGGGCGGACAACUACCCACCAUCCGAUGCUGUCCAACCAGGAGCCCCCUUGCUGUAUCAGGAAAACCCCCUGCAUAAUAGUUCCUCCUCCCCGAAUGGAAACAAAACUGCAGCCCAUGAUCCUUUGGUGGGGCACCCCGUCUGGCAGGUUGUCCUUAUUGUCUUGCUAACAGGCACAUUGUCACUGAUCACCAUCAUUGGCAAUGUUCUUGUAGUGGUAUCCUUCAAGGUAAAUCGCCAACUAAAGACUGUCAAUAACUACUUCCUUCUGAGCUUGGCUGUGGCUGACCUCAUCAUUGGGAUCAUCUCAAUGAACCUAUAUACAACUUAUCUUGUGAUGGGUUAUUGGGCUCUGGGAAACUGGGCAUGUGACCUUUGGCUAGCUAUAGACUAUGUAGCCAGCAAUGCAUCAGUUAUGAACCUUCUGGUCAUCAGCUUUGACCGGUACUUUUCAAUAACCAGACCUCUUACCUACCGUGCCAAACGGACCACAAAGCGGGCUGCCAUCAUGAUUGGCCUAGCUUGGUUUGUGUCUCUCAUUCUGUGGGCCCCUGCAAUUCUGCUGUGGCAGUAUUUUGAGGGUAAAAGGACAGUACCCUCCGAUGAGUGCUACAUUCAGUUCCUUAAAGAGGAGCCGAUUACAACCUUCUGCACAGCAAUGGCUGCUUUCUACCUGCCUGUCACAAUAAUGAGUGUUCUCUACUGGCGGAUUUACAAAGAGACAGAGAACCGUUCUAAAGAGUUAGCUGGGUUGCAGGGAUUGGGGAGUCGUGGAGUGGUAGGUGGAAGAGGAAGAGGUAGGAGUGGUGGAGGGGAGAGAGCCCAUUUUGUCCACCAAACAGGGAGUUCGAGAAGCUGCAGUAGCUAUGAGCUGACUAAGUUGUCACAGAGAAAAAGCACAUGCCAGCAGCUGAUGGGGCGCUUGCACUGCUGGCCUGGGAUACGUUCCUGGAGACCCGGGAGUAGCCACCAAGGAGAGGGCGAUCCAGACCAGAGCAGCAGUGACAGCUGGAACAACAACGACGCUGUCGUCUCGGCGGAACACUCUGCCUCAUCGGAAGAUGAGGACUGUGGGGGGGCAGAGGUAAUUCCAAAGAGUCACGCUAUUUUCUCCAUUGUUCUUAACCUACCUGGAAUAAACGCUGCGGUCAACUCCCAGCUCACCUCCUGUGAGGAUCUGGAUGAAGCCUCGGAGACGGACCCCCUCAGGGGAGAGGAGAAUAACAGAGACAGCCUCUCAACAAUCACCACCAACACCACAGCCAACACGACUCCCGAUGGGGCGAACAAUUCCGAAAAUACCUACCACCAACGCUUCAGCUCACGCAAGACUCAGUCCCUUCAUACCAUGCAGCCUACCUCCAACACAGGCUCUUUGUAUGGUCCUGCACCAACCACUUCCACUGCCACCAAUGCCACGACCACCAGCACAACAACCAAAUCCCCCACAGUCCCGCUGUCCUUCAAAGAGGCGGCUAUGGCAAAGCGUUUCGCAGCCCGAGCUCGGACGCAGAUCACCAAGAGGAAGCGUAUGUCCCUCGUGAAGGAGAAGAAGGCAGCUCAGACUCUCAGCGCCAUCCUCUUGGCUUUCAUAAUCACGUGGACACCUUACAACAUCAUGGUGCUGGUCAACGCCUUCUGUAAAGUUUGUAUCCCAGACACCCUUUGGGCGGUGGGCUACUGGCUGUGCUACGUCAACAGCACGGUCAACCCCAUGUGCUACGCCCUGUGCAACAAGACCUUCCGCACAACAUUUAAGAUGAUCCUGCUGUGCCACUGGGACAAGAAGAAAAGGAGGAAGCAGCAGUUUCAGCAGAGGCAGUCGGUGGUCUUCCAUAGGAGGAUUCCCAGAGAGUCCACGUAAACGAUAACGCGUCUGGACGACUUAUGAAGCAGUUUCGCAUAGGAAGCAGGAAGUGUUUUGGUUUCUGGUUUUGUCGCAUAGAAAUCCUAAAUGUGCAAUUCCACAUCUCUGCAGCCACAUGCUGGUGUCGAGGUGUACGUUUGUGUCUGUGUAUGUGCAGUGCCGUAUGUCCGCAUGAGGCAUCGUGUAAGAUGAGGUACACGGUUGAAAGCUUCGCCCCGCGUCCUCGACCAAAUCUACCAUUUUACGCAAGUGCAGCUGAGCGAAAUGAACCCAGUGGAACUUCACAGAAAAGGGCUUUAAAAUGCAGCACAGGAGAAUUAUCGAAGUGCAGUUGACACAAGAGGGAAAAAGAUAUUCAUCUUUGGGUCUCUGACUCAAGUAUCUCAUCAUUUGUAGCAAGAUCUGACAAGUCCAGAGUGGUUUAGCAUUUCAAACAAAACUACGUAGGUACCUGUAAUAUCUCACUGAAAACCUUGACGAAAAUGACUUUGUGUCCAAGAGGCGUCUUCCUCAAGUUGACUUGCCUUGGUGACUGGCAUGUUUUUGUUUUAUUUCAUUUUAUUCUUCAACUUGUGUACAUCGCCUUCUUGUGUGGAUUAUAGCUUUCAUGCGUAUGACGGAAUACAGAACAUCCUUAAAUUGUUUCCUCGCUUUCCGUAAACACAGAUGUUUUUUUUUUUGUUGUUUUUUUUUUUGUGCUACUUCUAAAAUAUUCCUGAAAUUUUGAGCCAGUCUGAAAAAACAAAACAAAACAAAAAAGAUCCUUUCUGACAAAGUGAGUUGUGAAUAUUUCGUGCAGCACCGCGGUCAGUGAACUGCUGUUGUGUUCAAUGUGAUCGUUGUGAUUCUAUGGUGGAGAAAAUAAGUGCACAUUUGGUUGUGUUUUAUGUACUUGAGGUUUCAUGUCAGUGACGAUUGUACAAUAACGACAGUGAUGAUGAUGAUGUUCUGUUUGUGUACAUUUGGAUAUUUCUGACUUGAUACACAAUGAUUAUACACACACACACACACACACACACACACACAAAGAUGACCAUUUAUAAAGUUGUAUGUUUUGAUUUUUACACGACCUCUCUUAAAUUUGUACAAAAUGAGUCAACCCAUCUUUCAUUUAGUGGCACAACAGCAGCCUCUAGUGAUUUUGUAAAGACUUACACCAUUGUUGCAGGCAUUUGAUCUGUCAAAGCAUUUCCCAUAUUGGUAUUAAAAUGAUAUUCAUUGGUUAAAAGAAAAUACAAUAAUAAAUUAAAUUACACUAGUGCAAAAUAAAUAAAUGAAUAAAUCUGAUUUUUGACCCUGUUCCAUAUACUGAAUUAUCCUGUAUUGCUGUAUUAGGAGUGCAUAUGUAUUUAAUAUGCAUAAAUUUAAAUAUACCAUUUAAUUUUCAGUCAUAAUACGAAAACUACCUUUUUGUCACAAUUUAUAAAAGGGAGUAAUUGAAAUAUUUGAGUAGAUAUUCUUUCACAUUUUCUACAAAAUGUAGGCUGACAAAAUUCAACAUCAAAGUAAAACACGAACAAUGUAUUUAUAUUUGAUUCAUAAUUCAGUGUUUCUUAUCUGAUCUCCACAUUAUUCCAGCA